AUGAACUCCAGUGAUCCAAUUGGUCUGAUAUUUCCCAACAAGAAAGAUCCUAAAUCUCUUCGACUAGUUACAUUCAAUGUUAAUGGAGUCAAAACUUUGUUCAAUUACUACCCUUGGAAUAAACUACAAAGCAAUUAUGAUGUGUUCUUCAAUCGAAUUAAUGCUGACAUCAUAUCUUUACAAGAAUUAAAACUUUCUCUUCACACGUUGACGUCUGCUGGCGGAAGCAUCGGAAACUUAAAGGACUACCAGUCGUUUAUUACCAUUCCCAAAUCUAAAAGAGGCUACAGUGGAGUCGGGGUCUUCGUCAAUAAGAAGAUACCCGUUAUUCGAGCGGAAGAGGGAAUCACUGGGUGGCUUAGCAGUCCCGAAGAGCCUAGCAAGUGUUACAGGGAGAGAGAUCCUCUAUCCUGCAUUGGUGGUUACCCUCCUGUAACUCCCGAGUUCAGCAAGGAACGGUGCCUUGAUCUUGAUGAUGAGGGUAGAUGUAUUUGUAUUGAACUAGCAAAUAAUAUUGUUGUAAUAUCGGUGUAUUGCCCUGCAAACUCUAGUGGUACAGACGAAGGUGAAGUGUUUAGAAUGGACUUCUUACAAAUCUUACUCCAAAGAUGUUUUGACUUGAAGCAUGUACAUAACAAGGAGGUGAUAUUGAUGGGAGACAUAAAUGUUAGUCAAGACUUAAUAGAUAAUGCCGAGGGAAUUCAAGAAAGAAUCAAAUCGAAAUUAGUUAAGUCACCUCCGCCAAAUGCCAAAUCUCCAAAUAGCGGCUAUGACUUUGAGAAGACGAACCUUGCAGCAUGCCUAGAAUUUAAGACUUCUAGGGCAUCAAGAGAACUAUUGAAUAGUUACACGAUUCCAACACUCGCGACAUUAGAUACUAAAUCAGGCUCAAAACAAUUCCUACAUGAUACCACAAGAAUAUUUCAAGGAAGAAAAUUGGGCAUGUAUACUGUUUGGAAUACUUUGACUGGUGCUAGACAAUCCAACUAUGGAUCAAGAAUUGAUUUGAUAUUGUCUAGCUCGAAAGAGAUGUGCGAUAACAUCAUAGACGCAGAUAUAUGUCCACUUGUUAAUGGAUCUGACCAUUGUCCUGUUUAUACAGAUUUUGAUAUACAGUUUCAGACUCUGAUAUUCAAACCCCACUUGAAGUUUGAAGCAAAGACUUUCUACAAAUUAGUACAACAUAGAGACAUCUCCCUGUUAUUUGGAAUUCCCAAGAGAGAGAGAGAUGAUACAAGUGAAGAGAGCCUAUCUAAUAGUGCAACACCACCUCCACCUCCACGUCCCUUAGCUUUACCUAAGAGACAGAAGAUAGAGUACGUGAGUAGGAAAAAGGGAACCAAUCCUUCGAAAUCAUUACCCUCUCUGCAACAGUCUAUAUCAAACUUUUUCUUCAAGCAAGAUCAAAAGUAUGAGGAGCCGACUUCUAAGACUCCUGAGGUUCCACAUGUAAUGGGAACAAUCACUAAUGCAAACAUGACUAAACUGAAGAAGACCCUCUCCAUAGCUUCAAUGUCAAAUCAAAUCUAUGGUGAACAACCUAACUGCUUGCACGGAGAACCUUGCCAAUUGAAAACCAGUCUAAGCAACAUGAAGACAAGAGGAAAGAAAUUUUGGUGCUGUUCUCGACCACUGGUGGGCAUCAAUUCCACUGAUCCAAAGGAAGUUGGGGAACAUCGAUGUACAUACUUUGAGUGGGCAACCAAGCGAAGCACAUAG